AUGGCGCCAGCUCAGAUCGCUAUCGCUGCGCCCAUUCGAUCAUCGACACCACCGUCCACAUCCAAACAUAUGCGACAUGACUUGCUCCAGCCUGACGAGUCUUCAAUACAAACUGUCGACGCGCUCGUUCGACAUCGCGCACGUCGCGAUCCCCAUGCUACCAUUGUAUCGUAUCCGAGCUCUGGAGUUGACUUUGUAGACUAUACAAUGCAACAACUGGAUGUCUUCGCCUACCGAGUAGCCCGGCACUACCAAUCUUUCAUCCCCACACGAUCUAGCUCUGCAGAGAAGCCAACCACGGUCGCGGUACUUGGGCCAAGUAACUUGGACUACAUCGUAACAAUGCUCGCGCUUACCAAGCUCGGCCACACGGUACUAUUCCUUUCGACGCGUAUAUCUCAAGCAGCCAUCCACUCACUCGUUAUAACAACCGGAGCUACCUACUUGCUGGCAGAUUCAAGAUAUGCACAGUCUGCAGUCGACGCUCAGGCAAGCAUUCCAGCGUUGCAAAUCGGCGAGAUUGCCCGGUCGAAUACCUAUAACUUCCCUAUAGAAGUCCAUGCGGAUACCCGACUUGACUACCAGCUUGAUCACAAAGUUGAGACUUCAAAUAAUAUCUACAUAAUACAUUCUAGUGGACUGCCGAAACCCAUAUAUCAAACACAGAAGAGCGCAAUCGCCAACUACGCUAUCAGCAUGGAAAUGAAAGCCUUCAUCACUCUUCCCCUAUACCACAAUCAUGGUAUAUGCAACUUUUUCCGUGCGAUAUACAGCUGCAAAUCCAUUCACAUCUACAAUGCCGAUCUGCCCUUGACCCAGCCUUAUCUGGCUGCAAUAUUGAGGCAGCACAGGUUUGAGAUCUUCUACGGCGUACCAUACGCUCUCAAGCUUCUCUCUGAAACGGAUGAGGGAAUAGAGCUAUUGAAGAAACUCAAGAUUGUCAUGUAUGGUGGAAGUGCUUGUCCAGACACUUUGGGCGACUUGCUAGUGAACAACGGGGUUAAUCUUGUGGGUCACUAUGGCGCUACUGAAGUCGGCCAACUCAUGACAUCGUUUCGACCUGCCGAUGAUAAGGUAUGGAAUUAUGUUCGCGAAUCACCGAAACUAUCCCCGUAUCUUCGAUGGGUACCCCGCGGACCCAAUCUCUAUGAAUGUACGGUUUUGCCAGGUUGGCCAGCGAAGGUUGCCUCGAAUCUACCUGACGGCAGUUACGCCACGAAAGACUUGUUCGAACCACACCCUACGAUCGAAAAAGCCUGGAAAUAUAUUGCGCGUCUCGAUGAUACGAUCGUCUUGGUGAACGGCGAAAAGUUCAAUCCAGUCAUGAUGGAAGGGACCAUCCGGUCACAUCGAGCUGUGACUGAGACGGUCGUCUUUGGCUCUGGCCGACCAUACCUUGGAAUUCUUGUGGUCCCAGCAGUUGAGGGUAUGCAAUCAUCAAGAGUUGUUGACGAAAUAUGGCCCGUCAUUGAAGCUGCAAAUCAGACAGCCGAAGCGUACGCAAGGAUCUCCAGGGAUAUGAUCCAAAUCUUGCCAUAUGGCUGUCAAUUCCCACGCACCGAUAAAGGCAGUGUAAUCCGACAAGCAUUUUACAAACAGUUCGCUACUGAGAUAAAUGACGCCUAUGAUAUCGCUGCAUCAUCUCGUGGGGAUCUCAAAACAUUCACUGUUUCGGAGAUGGAGAACCUUUUACGUACGAUCCUGGCCAAAUCUCUGCUGCAGGCAAGCAACAUCGAACGUACCACAGACCUCUUCUCGCUGGGGCUGGAUUCACUACAGUCGAUCCAAAUUCGGAUGGAUAUCCUCAAGACCGUCGAUUUCGGUGACAACAAACUUGGUCAGAACGUAGUAUUUGAGCAUCCAUCAAUCGCAACCCUUGCGACAUAUCUCUACAGACUCCAGACUGGGCAAGAGGAGGAGGUUGUAUCAGUGGUCGCGCAGAUGCAAGAUCUUAUCGCGCAAUACAGCAUGUUCGAGCCAGUUGAUAGACGACAAACUGCACUUACUGGCGCGACCGGCUCGCUUGGUGCUCAUGUUCUUGUACAGUUAAUCGAACGUCCGGACAUCGACAGUGUUUACUGCCUUGUACGAGCCAGAGACUACGCGAUUGCAGCUCGCCGUGUCCGAGAAUCCCUCAUACAGCGAAAACUAUACCAUACCCUAUCGCUCACCGCGCGCAGAAAGAUCCAUGCCAUACCUUCCGACUUAUCUGAGCCCCGCCUCGGCUUGGACGACACGACAUAUGCCCAGGUGACCUCAGGUCUUGCUAAUGUCAUUCAUUGCGCGUGGAGCGUCAACUUCAACAAGAGUCUAAUGUCGUUCGAGAAGGACUGCAUUGCUAGCGUGCGACAUCUGAUCGACCUCUGCCUUGCUACAUCGUCGAUCAAGCCUGCCUCUUUCGACUUCUGUUCUUCCGUCAGCACUGUCGCAAGGUGCCCCAAUAUGCACACACCUGAGCAGCUAGCAGCGCUUGACUGGGCCCAAGACAUGGGAUAUGCUCAAAGCAAAUGCGUCGCGGAGCAUUUGUGCUUGACUGCGGCAAAGGAGACUGGUAUUCGAGCACGGGUUCUGCGCGUUGGUCAGAUUGUCGCGGACACUGUGCAUGGCGUGUGGAAUGCGACUGAAGCCAUACCUCUUAUGAUGCAGUCUGCACUUACUGUCGGCGCGCUACCUCGACUGCAAGAAUCACCGAGUUGGACACCUGUUGAUAUUGUCGCGAAAGCCGUGACAGAGAUCUCGCUCAGUGACGCUGGCUCCGUGGUGGCGAAUGUUACCAACGCAAAGAGCUUUUCCUGGACCGAUGAUCUACUCCCCGCCCUUCGAGAAGCUGGCCUCCAGUUCGAUGAGAUUGAGCCAAAGGAAUGGGUGCGCAGGCUUCGCGAGUCAAAUCAGGAUGCUGUGACCAACCCACCGAUCAAACUAGCUGAUUUCUUCGCAUCAAAGUACGACAAGGAUACUUUCGGCCCUUCGCGUACAUACGAGACCAGCGUCGCCAGAUCUCUCUCACCUUCGCUCGAUGCCGCACCUGUGCUAGAUACGUCAUUCGUGAAGACGUUUGUUAAACAAUUCCAAGCUACCUCUUGGCAACUACGUUACCCCAAAGUUGCAACGAAACCCAUGAAGCAGGUCGUCGUAGUUGCCGGACCAUGUGGCAGCGGUAAGAGCACUGUUGCACAACACCUCGGUGCCCACUUCAAAGCACCUUUUAUCGAAGGUGAUGAACUACAUAGUGAAGACGCUGUUGCAUCAAUGGCUGCCGGCACACCCCUCGAUGACCUCGCCCGUGCCCCUUGGCUCGCCCGCCUCAGGCAGCGCGCACUCGAUACUGUCGCCAAUGAAGGUCAUGGGCGUGUGUUCCUUUCCUGCUCAGCCUUGAAGAAGUCGUACCGUGAUCAGUUUCGGACUCUAAUGAACGAUAAAGUACGAGUUGUCUUUGUGGAUUUGCAAGUUGAGCAGGAAAAGCUGACGCGGAGAAUGCAAGAAAGGGGUGGCCAUUACAUGAAGGAAGAUAUGGUGGAGAGCCAGCUUGCUAUCUGGGAGAUCGCGGAUGUAUCAGAGACGGAUGUGCUGCCUGUUGAUGCUGGAAAGAGCGUUGAGGAAGUUGUAGAAGAGGUUUCUGGAUUGUUAGAGGCUCUUAGUUCCAUGUAA